CGGGCGCGCGCACACUGCCAUGUCGCGAAUGAAAAAUUGUGUUGCAUAUGUACUUUGCGAUCGCGACAUCGUAAUACGAGAGAAUAAACAAGUGUGCUGCGGCGUAACACACGAGGUUUUCAAACGAGUGUACACCGUUGUGGUGGCGAUUCGGCCCGAAAGAUGGUGAAUAUCAAUUCUUCGUGCGUCAAAACAGCAGGUGAACCCGGGAUGGGAGAGUAGAAUGCCUGAUGGCGAGAGGCGGGCGGAGCAACAGAAAAGAAGGUGCAAGUUUGGACAAUGCGAGAGUGAGAUUGAGAGAAGCGCGAUUUUCGCGUUCCAACUGCAACGAGGCCGCUGCACCCCUGAGCGAAUCUUUCCAAAGACGAAGAAACAUCGAGCGCCAAUGUACUCGACUGCGGAGCGCGCAAGCUCUCGAACGUGAUAUCGAUAGAAUUCUCGCGGAUCGGCGACAUACUGAUUUUUACAUAAUACACGAGUGUUGCGUCCUCGAGGCGAACGCUUGUAUCGUCAAGACGAGGUCGCCCAAAUUGUACGAGAGUCUCGAGAGCCGCUCGGUAUGCGACAACCGUAUAACCAAAUGUUACAUCGAGAACCUCGACAUUUUUAAUCGUAUCCAAGAUUUUUCGAGACGCUUGUACAGUAACUCGAGCGUGAAACGCGAGGAAAGGAUACUCGUGCGACUCGUUUCCUCGCAGGAACCAAAGGACGAGGAAGCUCCGUCGAUCCGGAGAAAAAGGGAGGAGCAGGAGGAGGAGGACGAUGUCGACGAGGAUGGACUGAGGCCGCAGAGUGCGUCGGAGAUGGCGGAUUCUGGAUUGGAAACCGGCUCGUUGAGUCCGCUGGAAAAUAGCGAAAGUUCGGUUACCGAUUUCGAAGUAUCCCACGCGGAUCGCGUAUCGAUGGACGACGUUGAUUUCAUCAGCGUCGGUCUUAACGGGGAGGCCGAGGACGCGGCGGGCGUUUGGAAAAAAACCGAGUUAUCCUCGUCGUCGUCGUCGUCGCCGCCCCCGGCCUCACUGGACCCGGCCACAGCGGGGACCAACGCGAGGACGGACAACAACCUCCGCGACGACACGAAUCAGGCUGGGAUUGUCGUUUCGCUCGUCGACGAAAAAUGCAAAGAAACUGAUUCUAACGCUUACCAUUGCCGAGAUAAUUCCUUCCUUCUCAGGAAGGAAUCGUUCGAAUUUAUCGAUACGAAGAGGAAAAACAAUACUGGUACAGAAAACCAGUGCUCGCCACCGAGAUGCUCCAACGAUCUCGGAAAUAACGGCGGUAACACGAGCAGUUACUACUUCAUAGAUGCUUCGAGUCUAAACGACAACGAGCUUUUGGAGGAACCGAUUCGCGAGUCCGUUGUUUCGGACGAAACCAGCGGGGCUGAUGGACGGUCAAAAAUAAGCGAUUCUAAGAUAACAUCGACGGUGGGGCCCUCUGAAAAACCCAUGAUCGAGAAAGAGACACUCGUCGUCGAAAUAAAAGAGGCUGACAGCGGAGAAAGUGGUCAGCCUUCACCGUGCUUGGAAGAGGCGAAACGAACCGAGAAUCCUCCCGCCGCCACGACCGCUACGAGCUUCGAAGAAACUGAUUCUCGGCGAGGCUCCCUUCUCAUAAGACGCAACACUUUCGAGCUCGAUCCGAAUGACGAGAAAUUGUCGGUACUGAGACAAGAGUACGAACGUCGUCAGGGUCAUCUCGUCUUCCAGAAUGCGAUUCCUCAGUAUUCGGGACACCGCGUCGACGGAGAUUCCUGCUUCGAGCCGAGCGACCAUUCCGAGCUCGCGGCCAACUUGCUCGUUUCUUCGACGUCGUCGACCUCGACUCCUCCGAUUAUUACCUUAGCCGCUACGAAAUAUGGCGUGGAUGCGUUGCCACGAACCAAUAUCCUCGUCGAAUCUAUCAAUAAAAUAACGAAUGUACCGAAUUACAGGGAGGAACAACAACGUAUCGCGAACAACACUCAGAAUAGGGAUCCGACGAGUUACGAAAGGCGGUCGAGCGGUUGCUGGCUGUACACCGGAGAUUCGGAUCAAGCGAGUAGCAAAGAAGUCGGAACAUCGGAAAUUCGCGGAAGUAUUUCUCGAGGCUCUCCUGAGGGAACGACUCCGUCGUCACGUUCGUCCGAGCGAGAACGAGGCCUUUGUGGCAUCGCUGGCGGUCCCGAGAACGCGUGCCCGAUCUCAGAGUCCUCGAGUGACAAGUUAUUCCUGGAGAGUUGUUCCGAGUCGGAUGACGGAUCGCGAAAUUGUUGCAACAGUUUGCCCAUCACGUUGAACGAUCAGCGUCAAAUCGCGCGCGAGCGACGCUCCUCGGUAAACUGCAGGACGCAACGGGAACGGACGAAACGCGACGAAACGACGCCGAUUCUAUCGGGAGGCGUGAGCACCGCCGAUUACGUCAAACCGACCGAAAGCCCCGCUACCAAGAGGAGAAUCGAGUCGACCCCGAUCGUCUCUGGAGGCUCGGUACUCGCCAACGACAUGUACCUCGACGAUUCCACCGCCGUUGCGAAGCCCCCCACAAGGAUGGCCUCGUCGAUGACGGCGGCUUGGGUCGUCGAUAUGAGCGACUGUACUAAAAAUUCCUCGAGCCCCGUGGGUACUUCGGUAUCCACCGCGUCGAGCAAAUUAGCCAGCAAUGGUCAGCCGAUCAUGUCCAAAAGCUUUUCUUCCUCGUCCGAUUGUGUCGCUACCGCAAAUCGGAAAAACGUCAAGAGGACUAGGGCCUGCGAGACGAAGCACGCCAGUCUCGGAUUUUUUGUGAACCUCAACGAUAUAGAGACCCGAGAAGAACGUGAGAAGAGCGAGCAAGAACGGACUAAGAAGGGGGCUGCUGCGCUCGAGAGCGGCGGUGGAAAACAUUCGUGUGAAUUUUUUGUCGACAUUUCGAGGAAAGAGGAGAAUGGGACAGGCGGAGCGCGAGGAAGCGGCAGUAGCACCAACGGCGAGGAGAGCGGCGCAGGCUCUCGAAAUUCGGGAGAGAGCACAAAUGGUAAAAAAAAUAUAUUCUCCAUGUUCAUAGAUUUCAGAGAGCCGAAGAAAGACAACCGCGGCAGCGGCGGCGGCGAUGACGAUGACGACGAUGACGGAGUAAUCGUUUCGUCCGGACGACCAGAGGAAAAACCAAGAGACUCUAAAUGUCUGAGUAAAUUAACGAGUGGUGAUUUUUCCGGCGGUGAGAGCAGUAGCAGCAGCCAACUAGAUCGAGCCGAGAGGAUUAAACCUACGAGCGUAUUUAUGUUCAUAGAGUCGGACUCGCCGGUUGUACGCCGCAGGGCUUUGUCGUCCUCGAGACCGGCGGCCUUUCAGCGGCACUCUUGGAACGUGGUCGAGAAGGCCGGCUCGAUAACACCGACGACCAAUUUAAAAAAGGAUUGCCCGCUGCGUCGGGAGCACAAACGCGCUCACAGCGUCUCCGUCGAUCGGACUGAUUUACGAACGCUGCACACGAAAGCGAGCAACUCGAGCCACUCGUUGAGCCAGGUUGCGAGAGCCGAUGUCUUGAACGGUUCUACCGGUAAUUUGCCUAAACGGAGCCACGAUCACGAGAGCAGCGGCCGUAAUACCGAUACUUCGACCGAGGAAGUAUUCGAGUACGAUACUCGCGACACACCGCCGAAUUCUCACGUUGAAAUAGUCGAUAAAGAAACUGAGGGGCUCGUGCUCGGAGGUAUCGUUGGAAAGUCGAACGGAUUGUUCAAGAAGGACGACGCGGUGGAGCUGGAGGAAAAAGGACCCUCGAAGAUGCAACAACGGAAACAAGAGCUCGAUCCCGAAAUUGGAGAUUCAAACAUCAAGCCUUACGAGGACGAGUGUGGCUCGGAAGUCUCGGCGUGGGAAAAAACUGGAACCGAAAGUACGACCGAAGGUAAUACGCGAAAGAGCGAGACGUUUGACAUAAGUAGCGGAGCGAGCGGAGCCUCACCCGAGAGCGACAACAACAACCAUUAUCAUUUGGAGGAUAUCCGCGGAGAAGUAACGAACUACGACGCAACAUCGGCGCUUCUCGAUGAAAACGUUGACGUGGACAGCGGUGGUGGCGGGCUUCGAAUUGUCCUCGACAGAGUAUCGGAAACUCACAAAUCUCUUACCGAGACGAUCAAGAAAAUCGAGUCAGAACUGAAGAAACCAGAGUUCGAGGUAGAUACCGCGACGAGAGAUGACAAGCCACAGGAAACGAGCACCGCGAGCGCAUCGAGUUUCGUCAGGUUGUCGGACCUCGAUGCGACUCCGUUGCGCUCCAGUCGGACUUCCGAUGUACCCUCGAGAGAGAGAGAAAACGAAAAUGUCUAUCAUCGGAUGAGCAACAGCAUCCCAGAAACUUCGUGGGUCGAGAGCAAACUUGCUUUCAAUCGCAACAACAAUAAUUCCUCGGUGAGAGCAUUGCCUCGUAAAUUCACGACGAUAAUGAGCACCUCCUUACCGGCAAAACACAAGUCGCCGAUCGAAGACGCGACCGAGUGUGAAGCUGAUGCGGCAAUUAUUUCCGAGUCUGAUUUGAGCAGUAUGCAGAGCAGCAUGGGUCGUUCCGGAGCCGAUGUAAGUACCGAAGAGACUGAAACUUGGAGUAUGGGAGUAACAAAACCAUACAAUAGGCUCGGCGAGGAUCUCUUGCGAAUGUUUCUCGAGGAGAUUAAUCCGGAUGUGACGAUCGAUGUGGGUGGACGUAAAAUUCGAGCUCAUAAAUGCAUUCUCAGCUCUCGAUGUCAAUAUUUCGCAGCGAUACUCAGCGGUGGAUGGAUCGAGAGCGCGGGAAACGUUAUCACUCUUCAAGGGUAUUCGUACAACGCCGUGCAUUUCGCUCUCUGUCACAUUUACAGCGGCGAAAGUGACAUUCCGGAAACAUUGAGCAUCGUUGAAUUGGCGACUCUUGCGGAUAUGCUAUGCCUCGAGGGGCUCAAAGAAGUGAUAGGUUACACUCUCAAAGUAAAAUAUUGUCAUCUCUUUCACAAACCGUGUCAAGUUUGCGCGGUUGGAGUUCUCGAGUGUAUGCCACUGGCCGCGGCUUACGGCCUUGACGAGGUCUAUCGCAAAUCCCUGAGAUGGAUAACGAGGCAUUUCGUAAGAAUAUGGCCGUGCAAAGCUUUUGCCGCAUUGCCCCGUGAACUCAUGGACAAGUGCUAUCAUCAGCACAUCGUUCACAUGUCAGCGGACAACGUACUUCAAACGAUGAUGGACUGCGACAAAUUAUUGGCGACGUUACCGAACGUUCGAUGGGCCGAACCUGUGUUUCGAAUGGUCUCGAAUCUACUGGAGACCGCGGUUAAAUACAUAUCCGACAAUUUUUCGAGCAUACUGGGCAAUGAUAAUUUCCAAGCUCUCGGACGAGACCUAACCUGGAAUAUUAGCAGACUGGAGGAAAACUUCCUCGCUGCCGCGGAUCGUUUAUCCCCCGAUCAAGCUUGCAAAAGUUAUGCCAAGAUCAAUAAAAUGUUAUCGAGUGUCCAGCAGCAUCAACAGCAGCCGCUUCAACAAGCGGUCAAGCAACAUUCUUCUUCCUGUCCCCCCUCGGCAUGGUCUCCCUUGUUCGUUGAUUUUCUUCGAAAAAUCCAAACGAGAGUUGAAAAGUGCCUCGUCAAGGAGGCUUCGAGAGCCGCAAGAACUACGACUUGGCUCAAAAUGGAUCUCGAGCUGCGCAGAAGAAUUCAAGAACUCGCCUGUCUCGUCAUCCUGCCUCACGAAGCUCUCAAACGUCCUUCGAGACACUCUAAUUUUCUCAAGGAACCGAGAAUACCUCCCACUCGAACUCCCGCGGACCGAAGUUUGGAUUUACGCCGCGUCAAAGUGGCCAUAUCCGAGCAGCAAAAAGACACAGGUGGAUUCGCGGCAGGGACCAAACGCGGAGUUUCCGCUAGCAUUGCAAGUGCACCCGGUACGGCCGCUGGCCAACAGGUGAAAAAGUCUCUCCCUGUAAAGCCAAGAAGCGAUCCUCUCGAGAGAAAAAAUCCACACGAGGCGAAGCAGCAACAACAGUUAUCUGGUACCGCAGUCACGGCGGUCGCCCUCGAUUCAUCUAUAGCAACAAGACCGAGGUCUUGGCCGAAUAAAUUAGAGGUUAAAUCGAGAUAUUUGGAGCCGCCACGUAACAAAUCGGUGCCUAAGGAUACGCCUCAGCAAUCUCAUCACGAACGCGUGAUGGUUCAGCAGAGAAGAAAGAUAAUAAUCUCAUCGUCGGAUUCUUCUCGCACAUCGAGUCCAGCAAUGAAACGAGCGAUCGACAAAAAACCACUCGCAAAGAUCAAGUUAACAAUAAAGAAAGAUGCGAGAGCUCUCUCGUCCGAUAGUCUGACGGAAGCAACGAGCACCUCCGGUAGAUUAACGAAUAAGAAAGAUCCCGUUACCGCGAGCAAAAGUUGCGGCAUUACGCGCCCCGAAUCACCUUCUUUCAAACAAAACGAUCCGGACAUUGGUCUGUCGACUGAUUCCCUUGCUGAGCCCAGAAAGAAAAAGCCUCAACAUCCGCUACAUUCGACGACUGCGCCGGCGGUCGGUAAGAAAAAACAGCAACCGAUUAAAUUAACGGAUACUUGGAUGUCGACUGACAGUCUUAUGAAUGAAAUUGGUACAACACCGAAAUCAUCCUCGAACCAAUCGAAUAAAGUACCACCAGCGACCGGAAAAACAGCAGUGUCAACGACGACGACGACGACGACGAUAAAAACGACGCAAGUUAAAAAAUUCUCGCCUCCGAUGCAACAAAAAAAUACAACGACGACGACGGCGACGACGGUCCGGGGAAGACUGCCGAGAAGUCUCGAGUGCUCCACCGCGGCAAGUCGAAAUCGUGCCGCAGCGACAAUUUCUGCCUACCAUGGCUCUCCGAAUCUGCGUAGAAAUCUGCUAGAUGCGGCGAAAACACCAGAUAUUCCUACAAAAGGAUCGAACGGUGUCGUCACGAUGCAAAACAGCAGAUCAACGUUUUCUAACGCUACAUCAACGGCCAAUCACAGUAGCUCGACAACCGGGAAAAGGGAGAAAAGUUUGUCGAAUCAACCGAGCACCGAAAGUCCGAGUAAAAAAUCGUCUCCCAAGUCGAACGGUAACACGCGUCGAAGCGUAAGAGCUGCGAAUCCCGUAAGUGUUCCCCCCUCGACGAAGAAGCAACAGCUCAAAGGAAAUGAAGAAAAACCGAGUAAGCUCAAGUGCCAUAACGGAGACGCCGCUGCUGCGACGAAACAGCCGACCGUCGGUUCGAGGUCCGGUACUUUUCUCAAGGACGAACCCACCAUACUCAAAAAGUCUGACAUUAGAGCGACAGCGGUGGCACCUGCGACGGCACAGCAAAUAACGACUACUUAAUCGAGCAUCGCAAGAUUAUAAUUGUUGUUAACGGGUGAUAAUUCCAACGUGGUUUCCACGCUCGGGUGGAAACUGGAAAAUUGCAUUUAUUAAACCUAGAAAGGCCCUGUACGCGAAUAUGGCCGUGUCAUCGUCCGCCAAGUCUGCGGUUCUACCGAACCGUCGGUAGCCACCAACCAUCGUUUACCGCUCCUCUAACGGAAUAAUUAAAAGACGCGUGAUACGCGUCUCACAUACGAAUCCAAACAAACCGGAAACUAUCCCGUUCGUGAGCCCAUUUCGUUUCUUCCAUUCUCCCCUCAAAGGUAGCGCGCCUUAUCUGCCUAGAUCCUUUCAUUUUGACUCUAUCGAGACGAACCCUAACGGCGCAACCUCACCGGCACAUACAUUCGAAGCAAAACUCCCAAUAGAAGCUUAUUUCGUUCGUAUGUUCUGACAAUUGUUCGAUUCGAACGCCUAUUGGACGAGCGGUAGUGACGACGAUCGAUGCUCUCUCGUCCGGAACAUCUUGUAUGUUUGUAAUAAUAAUAAUUGUGCAAUCUCGAUAAACCAUCGUAGAUCCCCUAACACCACCUAUUUUUCGUCACGAUUAACAUUUCAAUCGAAUUCCAAACGGAACGAAGAAAAAGUUGAAAUUUGUGGACCGUCACUGUUACAGUUUGGCAACUGAUCUAAAAUUCCAUAAAAAACGAAGCAGAAAACUGUUGCACAACUAGAUUAAAGCGAUUCAAGAAAUGUCUUCUCUGGUAUCUCAAUUCCGAAUAUACAUUGAUAUAUGAAAAACUGUCAUAAUAGUUGUUCCACGUGUCAAGUGUAGUUGUUGUAGCCUGUAUACCCAACGAGAUACAGUUGGUAGGUAGGUCCCGCUAAUACGGCCAGUUAUUCGCCAUUUAUUUCUCGUUGUUAUCGAUAGUUUAUCCGUCUGAAAAGAAAAUAUGCAUAUUUAUCGAGACGUAGGCCCAGCAACGGAAUGAAGCAAUUUUCAUUCUCUUGGACAAAUGAUACCUAAACCGCGAGCAAUGCCAUAUUAACUAAUUUUAGCACAUAUUUGUUCGGCUGAGCAGCAAAAUAUUCGUGCGCGCGGGUCUGUGUGAGUGUGUGUGCAUGAGAGAGAGAGAGAGAGAGAGACAGAAAAAGUAGAGUUGUGACAGCUUGCGUUAAUUAACCAAGAAACAGUUGUCAUUUUGCGAUGGCGGCUCUGCCGCGUAUCGUCACACUUAUCAUGCGGGCAUGUACGGUGAGUCUCGUUUGACGAUUGAGGCGAUUGACGAAAACAAUUUGCCAUAAGUUUUACCGCAAAUUGUAAGUAGCUAUUAUAUUUAUUUGAAAAUAUCUUGAUAUUUUUUGCAAUGUACAUUUUUAUGCAACAAUAUUUGUAUCUAGUCAUUUAUAUAUAAACAGAAAAACAAAAAUACUUACAGUUUAUGUAAUGUUAAUAAAUAUAUAUUUAAACUUGA